AUCUACUGCUGCGAGAAGUUGCAGUCAGAGUCGCGGGGUUCACGAACACGGCGUGUAUUAUAUCGCCUUCCAAUAUUUUACUUAGUAUUUUUUUAUUUUAAGUAGAAGUGACAUAAUGACGGGCGAGUCAUCGCAUCCGCGACUAACAUACGCGGAUAAAGUGAUAUUGGCGCCGAUGGUGAGAAUCGGCACGUUGCCAAUGAGGUUACUUGCACUGGAAUAUGGUGCGGACAUUGUGUACACGGAGGAAUUGAUUGACUGGAAAUUGUUGAGAUCUGUUCGUCGUAAAAAUGACGUACUCGGCACAGUAGAUUUCAUUGACCGAACUGACGGUACGAUAGUCUUCCGUACAUGUGCUCGUGAGCGCGAGCACGUGGUUCUUCAGUUGGGAACUUGCGAUCCAACGCGUGCAUUCAAAGUGGCACAAAUUGUAGAAAAUGACGUCGCGGGUAUCGACGUAAACAUGGGAUGUCCAAAACGAUUUUCAAUCCUCGGUGGCAUGGGUGCAGCAUUACUCAAACAACCCGACAAAGCCAGCGAAAUUUUAAAAACACUUGUUGAUGGAUUGACGAUUCCUGUAACGUGUAAGAUUAGAGUAUUGAAAAGUGUGAGAGAUACGUUGAAAUUGUGUGAUACAUUGGCUGCUACGGGUAUUUCUGCAAUUACCGUACACGGAAGGACGGUGGACGAAAGACCGCAGCAUCCCAAUAGAAAUGAGGUGCUUAAGAUAAUUUCCGAGCAUUUGAGCAUUCCAGUUAUUGCUAAUGGUGGUUCCAAGGAAGUGGAGAAAAGGGAGGACAUAUUUAAAUUUAAAAAAGAAACAGGCUGCAGUAGUGUAAUGCUGGCGAGAGCGGCUGAAUGGAAUUGCUCAAUUUUUCGAAAAGAAGGCUUGCUACCCAUGGACGAUGUAGUAAGAAGUUAUUUAAAAUUGGCUGUCGACUACGACAAUUCACCGAGUAAUACAAAAUAUUGCGUACAAAAUAUACUCAGAGAUUUGCAAGAGACACCACUUGGAAAGCAGUUUCUCAAUGCACAAACUCUUGAGCAAAUAUGCGAAGUAUGGAAUAUGGACAAUUAUUGUCGUGCGAAAGCGAAGGAAUUUCGUAGCAAAGGUUUCGAGGGUCGUUUCGAGGUGGUGCCUGAGCGCUUAGGGCUAAUUGGUACAGCUGGUAAGCGAAAACUUGAGGAUGAAGAGGAAGACGUGCUGCUAAUGAAAUGUGCCUUUCUCCGAAACAAUUUCCCCAAUGAUAAGAGUUUACCCAAAUCUCAGCUUGCCAAAUGGACGAGAGAUCAUCAUAAGAAAUUACCUGCUUAUUACACUGUCAAUGAAGAUAAACUUUUCCGAGCUGUCGUCGUCAUUGACGGGAGAAAAUACGGAUCUUCAUUUUGGGAGAAAAAUAAAAAAUGGGCAGAACAAGGUGCUGCUUUGGUCGGUUUAUGCGCACUUGGUGUCAUCGAUGCAGAAACUCUCACAAAAAUGGGAAACCUUAUUGUUUGACGUCGAAUAAUCUUCUAAAAUAAAUUAUGUACGAAAUGUUUUAUAUGUACCUUAAAGCUAUAUCUUCUUUACGUAUUUUUAUAUGUGUGAACAAGAAAUCUGUCAUACUGUAUUAUAUAGAAUAUACAAUAAUAUUAGCAAUGAAGAUCUUUGUUAAUAUUAUGCUAUUUAAUGUACUAUUUUUUGUAAAGAAAGACUGCAAGCAAAUUUUGUAAACGAGUUAUUGUACAUGUUCAUGAAGCUUACAAAUAUAAUUAAUGUGUCUUAUAUAAAGUGUAUAUAAUAUAUUGUAUAGAAAAAUUUUUAG